UAAUUCCUUUCUGUUUUCCCCAGAUUCCGAAUAUAUCGCCUGUCAGAUUAAACACAAAGUCCUUCAGUGUAAUCGUACCUCGGCUGGCAAAGCUCUAUCCUAACAUGCCAAUAGAAUUGCGCCUGCGAGCCACUCGAUCGCCAGUUCUGAAGGCUGCAAAAAAACACAUCAACGUUCAAGCAUUUGGAGCAUUUGACGUGUGCGCAGUCCUGCCAAAUUCAACCCUCGCAUCACUUUUUGUCCUGAAUAUUCAAGCGAGUGUCUCUGCUCGUGUGCGUAUCGCUCAGAUGAAACUGAUUGGAUCCGUACAACUGAAUAGCCUGAAAUUGACUAUGGGUCGUACUAAUGUUGGCCCUGUUCCGGUGGCUGGUCUGCAACUGAUAAUGAACCUUGCAGUAAAGUUUGCGGUGUUACCAGGCGUCAAUGUGAAACUGGCCAAAGGUGUUCCACUUCCAAACGUGAAAAAAUUAGUUUUUAUAAACCCCCGUCUUGAUGUGAACAAGAAUAUUCUUGUGAUUGCAACUGAUGUUCGAUAUCGUCCAUAACCAGCGGACACCCUCAGCCGAGAUUUUGAUGGGAAAGACAACCGGGCAUACAGACGGCUUUGAUUACCUAAAAUGAUCUGGCCAUUUAUUAAGAUGAGAUUGUGUAUAAGGCCGCUGUUUCAAUUUACAGCAUUUUUUCAAAUAUAAAUUUCUAGCUUGAUGGCUUCUAAUCUGGUAUAUUGCAAAAAAUAACUAUUGGUAAAUUCUAUAUGCUGAAGCUUUUUUGCUAAUUUCUAAAAGCAAAAAGAGAUUAAAUCUCUGAAAUCUUCCUGCAAACAUAAAGCAAUGAUCAGCAAACUAAGAGGAACCAAGCCUUUCCUCGAACACGUGAUAGCAAACGUUAUGCUUUACUGCUUUUCAUCAGUACCUUUUUUUGAAAAGGGAUUAUGAGAAACUUUUUGGUGAUUUGUAACAGUUUUCAUUUAAGCUUGCCUAAUUGCUAAUAAAGCGCAAAUUCUUUACUA